CCAGUGUGCAAUUCAAGAAAUGUUCGCACGAUUGAGGAAGCAUUCAUUUUAACAUCCAUUCAGUCUGUGUAAUGUUUGUAUUCGAACAGUUUUGUUAUCCAUUUAAUUUAUUACAUUGUUUGUGUCGAGCCUGAAUAACUGUUUUCCUGUGCUGUGCUUUUCCAUUUAUUCAUUUUCCAUUUGUAACGUUGACGUGUUCAUUGUGAGCUUGCCAGGAGUAGAAAACACUAUCGACUAUUGCCGGGAUUUUUGUUGUGCAAUCUACCGGUGUUUUUUGCUGGCAAAAUAUUAUGUAUAUAUAAUACUGAAUGGUGACUGGGUCAUUGCAUCGUUGUUAAAGAUUUGACAUUUCUUGUUUAUUUGACAUUCAAUAUGACUAAUAUGUCUUUUCUAGCACUGUAGCUAGCUGCCCGUGCCACCAAGAAAUUGUGCCGUGAGGUGGUUUGAGCAAACAGGUAGCAAAGCAAAAUCAUUGAGCAUUAUUUGUAGUCAUACUUAUGGACUAUCUUCAAAUUACAAAUACUGUCGCGGACAGUCUCCUCUGCUACGCCAAGGACGAGAGUGGGUGGAAAACAUGCAAGAAAACGAAUGAAGUGGCUGUGUGCUGGCGACCAUCAACUGAAUUCCCAGGCAAUUUGUACAAAGGGGACGGCAUUAUAAACGGAAGUCCAGAGAAGGUUUGGGAGUGUUUGAAGCCGGUGCCGAACGGAAUUCGAGUGAAAUGGGACAACAACGUAAAGAAGUUAGAACUCGUUGAAACGGUCAAUGUUGACAUAUCGGUCUUCAGGACAGUAACGCCCUCUGCAGCUAUGGGUAUUAUAGCUCCUCGAGACUUUGUAGAUGUUGUUUUAGUUAAGCAAUAUGAAGAUGGCACCAUUACAUCCAAUGCUACCCACGUAGGGCACCCUGGCUGUCCUCCACAGGCCGGCUAUGUCAGAGGGUUUAACCAUCCGUGUGGCUGCUUCUGUGUUCCUGUUCCUGGGGAGCCGUCCAAGACGCAGCUGUUGAGCUUCUUCCAGACGGACCUCGGCGGACUCCUCCCACGCUCCGUGGUGGACUCCUUCUUCCCCUCCAGCAUGGCCGAAUUUUACAAGAACCUCGCCAAAGCAGUCAAAUCGCUCAAAGACUGCUAAUGGAUGCCUUCAGAGAAAAUAUGCAAGAAUGAAAUUGGCUUAUUAUGUCUUAUUCCAUUGCGCUACUUAUGUUGGCAUUGGACCAUGACCUUUCGUCAAAAGUAGAUUUUUAUUUUUGUUUUUAACUCCUUAGAGACAGUAUAGCCCACAGCACCCUUACACACACCACAUACUGAUUUACCACAUUUAUAAAUAAUAUCGGCCAGCUACAUAUUGAAGAUUAAAUGGCUGGGAUCAGAUUGAGUAACAAAGCUAGUGCACUACAAUGUAGAAAUCAUUAGAGCAUUUUGAUUCAUCUCACAUACCUUAACUUUUGUAGUGUUGCUGAUUUCUGGAGUCAUUGACUACAUAUACAUGAGCUGCAUGUAUAUCAGAAUACACUAGUCUUGUGCAGCUUUUUUGGGAAUGGGAUUAUAUUUCAUUACAUUUCAUUACAUUUAUUUAUCCAGAGCGACGUACAGUAAGUACAUACUGAAGGUCAUUGGAACAACUACAAAACACCAGUCUGAUAAGGUACAAUACUCAUUUUGUAACAGUUAUUCAUAGCCAUGAACACAUUAAGUCCAGUUCACACAGUAAACAUUUCCAUUGAAAAUGUUCUAUUCGUUAUUAAUAAUGUCAAGAAGAGGAAGAAUAAUGUUUCAUUUUUUUCAGUAAUUAUUCCAGUUUAUCAUGGUGUCUAUAAAAGGAACAAUAAAAGGUAAUUCUAUCAUUUUAAUUCAAGAUCAAGUUCAAUUUACCCCUUCAACAUUAAGGCAACAACACUGUUGUGGUUAGAUUGAACAUCUGUUCCACCAGGGCAGCCAAGCUAUUUGCCACAUGCAGUUAAUCCAGGGAAUGAUACCUCUCACGUUGUUAUAAGUCACUGCUAACACAGUGUUAAAUUUUGGUGUGCUACUUCCCAGGGUGUUAAAUGAGGGAGUGUUACUGAGCAUGAGCGUCCUGCUGAUCUUAGUCACAGUAUUGUCCCCUGUCUGUCCUAAUGCAUGCUGCUGUACUGAAAACAUUAUAGGAUAUUUUAAUAGUGAGGUUCCUUUUAAAAUGGCUAAGUGUCUUUCUUCCUGUGCAUCAUUAAGGUGAGACUUACUGUAGUUCAAGCACCAGUCCUGACUCACAGUAUGAGAAUGUGUCAAUUCCUUCUGUUUGUACAAUGGUACAUUUGUAUCUUGGGAAUUUUUGAAUACCUUUAAUAAUAUAUGUACUGGUUGAGUGUAUUUCAAUAUUUUUCUUGUUAUAAAAACAUUGCCCCAAGCAGCACCCCAUGAACAAAAUUUUAUGUAUGGGGUUUGAGACACACCACUGGCCAGAGACUUGCUCAUGUAAAUAUGUACUCUGUUGUAGCUGUUGAAAAAUACAGUAAUAUAAAAUUUUAAAAAGGGAAACUAACAUUGAAAUUGGACUCUGUUGCUCCACUGGUAUAAUUUCAGAUACCACUGAAGUAAAAUAACAGGAAAGGAAUGUCUGUCUUUCUUACUUGUACUAAGCGGUUGGAAAAUGUGAUGUGUGUCUAACUGAGGAUGAGAAAUAUUCUGUGUCUGGGUAGGAGCAGUUUUUUAAAUAAAUGUAGCAAUAUCCACAA